UAUAUAUAUAUAUAUAUAAGGCAUUGGAUCCCCAUUUGUUUAGGGUAGUGGGUGCCGCUGCCGGUGUAUUAUACAAAUAUCAAGCAGGCACGCACCGAAGAGAGCAGAGUGAGAGAGCGUUCAUCUCCACGAGAAACCAGGGUCCUUUCCAUCAUAUUAUAAUCAUCAACGCUCCAAUACUACCUGUUUGUUUCUUUCUUUUGCAGUGGAGAGGUAAACACUAGAUAAACAUCUCCCAAUGGAAUGCUUCCUUCCCCUUGUCCUCUCUCCACCUGUGUAGGUUAGGAUAGAUGGCGAUGUACAACCAUCAAAAUACUAAACCAUAGAUAGAUAGGCUAAAUCCUCUGGAGAGAAAGGAAGAGGGGCCAAAUAAUAAUAAUAAUAAUAAUAAUAAUUGCAGAUGAAGUGGAUGGUGGCUCGCCACCUGACCACUGGAACAUGCGUCGAAUGAAGGGAUAGAGAAAAGGAGAUGUCGCUGCUGGUCGACGCGAUCCGAAUCCUUUCGACGAUGGGUCCGCAUCACAGCGGCGACAGCAGCAGCCACCACCACGAUCACAGCAGGCGGCGGCGCACGUCGGACGGAGACGAUGAGAAUGAUGAUGGCGCUGGUAACGGCGGCAGCAACGGGGUUUCUGACGGGAGGCGAGGCAACAGAUGGUCGUCGUCGUCGUCGUCUCCGUUGAUUCCGGGCCUCCCGGACGACAUCGCGCUCAACUGCCUGGCCCUGGCUGGGCGAUCGGAUCACGGGUCCCUGGCAUGCCUCAACGCGCGAUUCCGCUCGCUGAUCAAGAGCGGCUAUCUCUACGAGCUGCGGCGGCGGAUGGAUGUGGCGGAGAACUGGGUGUACCUGGUGUGCGACCCCCGGGAGUGGGAGGCCUUCGACCCGGGCGCCAACCGCUGGAUGCGCCUCCCUCGGAUCCCCUGCGACGACUGCUUCAACCACGCCGACAAGGAGUCCCUCGCCGUGGGUCCCCACCUCCUCGUCUUCGGCCGCGAGCUCCGGGACUUCGCCGUCUGGACCUACCGCAGCGUCGGCCUCGGCCGGGGCCGGGGCUGGUCCCGGUGCUGCCCCAUGAACCGCCCCCGCUGCCUCUUCGCCUCCGCGAGCUCCGGGUCCAUCGCCAUCGUCGCCGGGGGCAGCGACAAGACCGGGGCCGUCCUGGGUUCUGCGGAGCUCUACGACGUUGAGACGGGCUGCUGGGAGCUCCUCCCGGCCAUGCACGCCCCGCGCAAGCUCUGCUCGGGCUUCUUCAUGGGCGGCAAGUUCUACGUGGUCGGCGGGAUGUCGGGGAACAGGGAGCCGCUGACGUGCGGGGAGGAGUACGAUCUGCAGUCCCGGAGGUGGAGGCGGAUCGAGGGCAUGUACCCAACGGCCAGCGACGCGGCCGGGGCGCCGCCGCUCGUGGCGGUGGUCGACGACCAGCUCUAUGCGGUGGAAUACCGCACCAACAGGCUCAAGAGGUACGACGAGGAGCGCAGAAGCUGGGCGGCCGUCGGGAGGCUGCCGGUCCGGGCCGACACCUCCAACGGAUGGGGGCUGGCCUUCAAGGCGUGCGGCCGGGAGCUGCUGGUGGUGGGCGGGCAGAGGGGACCCGAAGGGGAGAGCAUUGUGCUCAGCUCGUGGCGCCCCGGCGGAGGAGGAGCUGCUCCGGAGUGGAAGGUACUCGGCGUCAAGGAGCACGCCGGCGUCUUCGUCUAUAAUUGCGCCAUCAUGGGCUGCUGAUGCUGACGGACCGAUGAGCAUCAUUGCAGCUUCUACUGCUAACGGAGCCGCCUCUUCCCUUCUCAUCCAUUCUGCAGAUAUAUAUCUAUAUCUAUAUAUAAAUAUCCACAUCCAAUUCCCCAUAGUGCUGAAUUUUGUAAUUUUUGAAUACCAUUUUUCUUCCCCUGCAUAUGUAAUGGAAAACAGUCUUGUGAUUACUUAGCAUCAAGUAUCAGAAAAAUAACAAACCAAGGAAUCUGCAGAAA